CAACAACAGGCAGUGGCAAAUUUCCCCAUCUCUUUAGUUUUUAUUGCUUCGCCGCUAGUAAAUGGGCGUCGAUAUGGCUGCGCCACUUCACACCGAGACAUACGAAACGCUAGGACAGGCCUGGAUCUGGCCCAGCAAACAGCAACAGGUUGAAGCCUCUACCAGUUCUGCGGCGCGUACCGCCUCUCUCAAGCGCCGCACGGGUGCACAGCGUGCACUGCGAAAAAGUUGCAGCGAGCGUCCGCUGAAUUCGCCCGUGCGCGGCAUGGAAUUACUUACCUCAACAGGAAGCGCUAAUGUGUUGGACGCGGAUGACAGCAACGCCGUAAACCCCGUGGGCGAGGACGACGAGCAGCGGCGCCAGCGUAUCACAGCGCGCGCCGAAGAGAUUCUGCGUGGCAAACGCUGUGUCGGAAUGUUGGUCGGUGCGACUUGCCCCGUGUGCCUCAUGGACGACGUUGACACCCAACUUUCCGAAUGUGGCCACCUCAUCCACGCAAAGUGCAUCAAGCGCUGGAUCCAAUCUGGCACAUGUUGCCCUGUGUGCCGUGAGGAGGUCGUGGACGUCGAAGAGGCAUUUACAUCUCCAGUCAAAGGGUUGCACCCCAUGACAAAGGACCGUCUCACUUCCUCCUCCGAAGCGACGUGUCUACCUGAAGAUGACGAAGACCGUCAGACCGAAGAUGCCGGUUACGACUGGGGCUGGUUCCAGGACUUUGACGAAGCCGACGACGUAUCGGACAAUGGUAGUGACAUGUUUUACUCGUCCCGCCGUUCGUUGCCAACCUUCCCGGCCUCGGCCAGCUCGCAGUCAUUGACGACUGCUAUGCUGAACCGAGAGAUGUCGAGCAACUUUGACAUGUGUCGUACAUUCCCGCCACUCCACGAAACUUAUGACACUCCUUACCAUCAGAGCAAACACCCGUGGCUACGUGUAUUACCGUCGCACCGCCACAUUGCCGCUAACAUUCAGAUCCGCAGCUUCCGCAUCGUAGAGGCCAAAGGUUCCAAGGCGCAACACGCCGAGUACCUCAUCGAGAUGCAACUAGACGGCCGCUAUUUCAGUCACUGGCGCCGCUUUUCCGAGAUCUACCGCUUCGUGUGCACACUGGACCAGAACCGAUUUCGACAGACUAUGGCGGCGUGGCAGUCUCUCGACGCUAACAGCCGCUGGUUCAACCGCCUCGAGCUCAGCUACCUGCACAAACGGUGCCGUAUGCUCGAGGAGUUUGCCCAUGCUCUGCUGAUCGAGUGCUCUAACGCACACCCGCUCGCUGAGCUGGUCGAGUGCUAA